AAAUGUGCUGAAUCAUGUGCUAUUUCCCACCUAAAUGAGUCAAGGUGGCCUUGUUCUUCGUUUCCUUCUUCCUAAUCGCUUGUGGAGCCGUUUCAAUAUGGUUCGCAGUUGAAGCUAAAAGUCUGUCAAUUUAUGGAAUCAUUGGAGCACUUGCCGGUUUCGACCUUCAGCAAAUUCUGUUCCUCGUCUUCCUUAUUUUAGGAUGCUUCCUGUUCUUUGUAUGUGUGUGUGGAGGCUGCAUUGCUCUCAAGAGAUAUUGCCUUGUGCAUUGCUGCUUUGCAUUCAUGGUUACUCUAUCAUUCGUAGUCUUCUUAGCAGCAGGAAUUGGACUCAUUGUUAUUACAUCAAUAGUUGCAGACGAGAUGGAGACAGCCUGUGAUUCUACAAGUGAGAAUUCAAUCUCAGAAUCUUUCAGAGAACUGUACACUAAUUCUGAUAGUUUUUACUGCGUCAGUUCGUCUAGUGGGUGUGAAUGCUAUGUUAACUCCACUCGUUUGAGUGGAACUGGAUAUACCAUGGUAAACUCAUCUUCAACUGUAACUAAAGUACAACAAUGUACUAGCUAUCUUGAGAGUGCAUACGCUGAUUAUGGAGUCGACUUCAGUGAUAUUAAUGAUAUUAUCGAAUACUUAGACUACUUCGGAGAAAUUGAAAAGGACUAUAAAUGUUCUGGAAUGUGUACCAUCAAGAAUAAAUACUACUUCUCAGACAUCAACAUAGGAGCUCCAGAGAAGACAUGCUUCGAUGUGAUCAAGGACGACCUCAUUCUUGGAGAUGUCAGAAAUUAUGGAAUCGGUUAUACAGUUUCAGGCUCGAUACUCUUCAUAAUCUUUUUCAUCCAAUACGGACUCUGCUGCAGGAAGAACAUGAACGCCAGGCAAGGACAGACGAAGCAGUUCUAGAAUGCUUCGAUAAUAUUGGCUUGAUAUUUAAGUUAUCAAUUAAAUCUUAGUU